GUUAGGUUGUGAUCUCUGACAAGCAGGGCUGUACGGAGUUGGUGGGUAUUUGCUCCCGGGGAGGGUCGCAGGGUUAAUCAGUGCAGAAGUGGCGUGUUUUCCUGGACGAUUGAUAUCUGACUUUACCAGUCGAGAAGGGAAUUUGUUAUCAGAAGUCCUGUUUGAAAGCGGAAGGUAUCCAAAUAUCAGGAUGCAUUGGAAGCGUUCAUUAACAUCAAAUUCUUGGUUGCUGUUCUGUCUUGUUGUUGCUGAAAGUGUACCAAUCGAUAAGAUCAAGGUGACCAAAAUUGAAAAGCCAGAAGAGCAGGCAACACAGGAACCUCAAGACACUGGGUUAUAUUAUAAUCGUUACCUUAGAGAAGUAAUUGAUGUUUUAGAAACUGACAAACAUUUCCGUGAAAAGCUCCAGACAGCAGAUGUAGAAGACAUUAAGAGUGGUAGAAUGGCAAAGGAACUAAACUUAGUAAGUCAUCUUGUGAGAACUAAAUUGGAUGAAUUGAAAAGACAGGAGGUGUCGCGACUACGAAUGCUGAUUAAAGCCAAAAUAGAUUCUCAGCAAGGUAAAGAUGCAGGAAUAGAUCAUCAUGCUCUACUGAAGCAGUUUGAGCACCUCAAUCAUCAAAACCCUCAUAGCUUUGAGCCUGAGGACCUGGAAUUAUUGAUUAAAUCUGCCACCAAAGAUCUGGAAAAUUAUGACAAAGAGCGACAUGAAGAAUUUAAACGAUAUGAGAUGUUGAAAGAACAUGAAAGGCGGGAGUAUUUGAAAUCACUGGAUGAAGAAAAGAGGAGGGAGGAAGAGGCACGAUAUGAAGAAAUGAAAAAGAAACACAUGGAUCAUCCAAAAAUUAAUCAUCCAGGAAGCAAGGAUCAGUUGAAAGAAGUUUGGGAAGAAACUGAUGGCCUUGAUCCUGAUGACUUUGAACCAAAGACUUUCUUCAAGCUACAUGAUACUAAUGGUGAUGGAUUCUUGGAUGAGCAGGAGAUGGAAGCAUUAUUUACUAAAGAGCUGGAGAAGAUUUAUGAUCCUAACAAUGCAGAAGAUGAUAUGGUGGAAAUGGAAGAAGAACGACUAAGGAUGAGAGAACAUGUUAUGACAGAGAUUGAUACAAACAAGGAUCGGUUGAUUUCAGCUGAUGAAUUUUUAAGGGCUUCUGAAAAGAAGGAAUUUGCAGAAGCAGACCCUUGGGAGACUCUAGAUGAUCAGGAGAUUUAUUCAGAAGAUGAGCUGCAAGAGUUUGAGAGGCGACUGAUGAAGCAGGAGAAUGAACUGAAGAUGAAAUCAGAUGAUCUACUAAAGCAGCGAGAGGAGCUACAGCUUCAACAAGAUCAGCUCCAGGCUGAGAAGUUAGAACUACAACAGGCUGUACAGCAACUGGAACAAAAGAAACAAGCGCAGCAAGCUCAUCCUCCAGAAGGACCAAAUGGGGAACUUCAGUUUCAUCCUGGUAUGGCGCAAGCUGCCCCUCCAGGUCAUCACCCGUCACAAGACCUAAACCAGCCAGCUGCUGAUGGACAGGAUCAGCCUCAUCAAUAGCCUUGUGUACAGUAUUUGUAUUAAUGUAGGCAUUCUUGGGUCCAAAUGAUCACGAAUCCAAUUCAAUAUUUUCUGCCACUGAUUAAUCGUGUUAGUUUUAUGCUGUGUGAAGACCACUGUUUUGUAAGCAUUUUGUUCAAGGUGACUACUGAAAACUCUUGUGCAGAUAUUUCUCAGAGAAAGGUGGUCUACCUCUGUUGGUGUUUGAGCAGUAUUGAACAGAAUUUCACAUACCCCUCCCACCCCCCCCGGUCUAGUGAUCUGACAUGAACUUGCAAAUCAAAGAUAUUUAGUUUUGACCAGCUGCGGGGAUUUUUAAAUUUUGUUACGUGCCUAGUUGUUUAUUUUAUUGAGAGAAUAGGAUGGUUCUGUGGGAUAGGAUUAAAGUUUGUUUAUUUCAUUUCAUUAUAGUAUAUAAAUAAGAAAUUUGGACCUCUUUUUUUUGAGAUUCACAAUAGGAGAGAUGUUCAUUGUGUAUGUUAGAAAUUGAUUUGGAGAUUAUGGAGAGCAGCCACAUUACUAGCCCUAUCCUACCCACUCUACUGUGCAGUGGCAGUUGCAUUUUUCCAGCUGGAACUCCCCUCUCGGGAAUCUUCAUUAUUGCAGCUAUAGAGGCCAAAGCGGAUGCAUUACUUAACAAACUUGCUGCUAUCAAGGUUACUGCAGAAUCCUUGCACAUGGAUCAUUAAUGUUUUGUUGGGGGAUGACCAGACCAAAAUUAUAGCCGGAAUAUUUAAAUACAUGAAUUUUCUACUGGGUUUUAAUGAUCUUGUCACUUGUUCUGUUGAUUGAUUUCAGAAAAUUAUAAGAAAUAAUGCUCAAAAUAAUGUUCAAAAAUGGAAUAUUUCAGCAUUUUUUAAAAAGUACACUCUUAAUCAGGUCCGUCAAUGCCAUCAGUACUCUGUCGUUGUAAAGAGAUCUGUAAAAAUGUAUUCUGAGACCAUUUUCUUUCCAUGGGAUUUCUCAGACUGAAUAAGAAUGAUAUGACUUGAAAUCAAAACGUUCUGUUAGAUUUGUAUGAAUUACCAAAUAGCAGUUACAGAUUGUGCCUGCCACCACAUCAUUAAUUUAUAAAAUACUAAUAUCUUAAAAAGAUAAGUCAUUAGUCACAAAGUAAUUGUACAAACUGCUCAGUGUUGAAUACAGAUGUUUUAAAUUGUGUUGCCUAUAUGUGUGAAUUUGAAAUAAUUUUAAAUUCUAGCAGUUCAUACAUAUUAAAGGACACCAUUAUUGAUUUUUAAAUUAUCAUUCCAGAUAACUGUUUUCUCCAAAUUCUAUGUAUGGUUCUUCUUAAAGCCACAUUACUAUAUAUAUAUAUAUAUAAAAUUUUCAGGAAUUUUGAAUUAAGAAUCACUCAAUCAUUCUCUGAUUCUGCUUUUCAAAGCACAUAGAAUGGUCACUAUAUGUAUGUUAACAUUGGUUCAUCUGUGUGCAGCAAGGCUUAUGCUGUUUGUAAAGACAAUGAUAAUUCCAACCUAGAAUUACUUGUCAUUAUGUGAAUAUGCAAGUAUACAAACAUUAAGCACCACGUUUCUUGCAUUUUAUUAUAUGUAUACUCUUGAAUGGAUAAUGCUGAAGCUAUUAAGCAUUACAGAUUGAUGUAAAAAAACACAUUUUCAGCCUUCUCUAAUUCAAGAAGCUGACAACAUUUGUAUUGUAAAAUAAUGGUUGAAUUAAUUACCUUAAUCUUUUUGAAGUUGUACAGUAAUGUGGUGCAUUGAACUACAAGUGCACUUUACCUUAAUCUGGAGAGCAUGGAUUUGCACAAAUUCCUCUUUCAAUAUGCUGAUGUAGCUGUGCUAAUCAGAGGUGAUAUCAGAUGGAGUCCAGGUACUCACUCUACUGCUGGGAGAAAUUAGAAUGAAUCUACUCUUGGCGUACUUGUUAGAUAUUAGCAGAAGCCUUAGAAGCUCAAUUUCCUCAGCAGCAUUGCUAUACAAUAGCCAGGACAAAAUAUUUUUUGUAUUUUAAAAUUACUAUUUGUUAUCAAACCAUCUUGCAUGGUUAGAAGUAAUUACUGAAACACCUUAAAGCUGGGAACAUUGUGGGUGAGAAUUUACAAGUCCUGUGGAAACCUGAGGGAUAUAUAAAUUUUACAAAAAGACAAUUGAAUUCAGAGUUUAGCAUCUGUCUAUUGAAUUGUUUUAGUAGUGUUGACACCACAAAGCUAUCCUUACCAUAAACACUAGUUGGCGCUGUUUCUGUCCACACUCACUGAUGGUAAAAAUGCAGAAUGCCCUACAGAUAGAUCCAGAGUGUCGUACUGUGAAAACAUGUAUCUGCAGCAUAUUGCAUAAGGUUUUCAUUGUAUUGACAUUGUAUCUAAUCUGAAAUGCUUAAGAGUAGGAUGUUAAAGCUAGGUCUGAGUUAAGCAUCCCAGUAUGACACUAUUAACCUUAAUGAAAUGAAAUUAAUUUAAGUUAAAAGGAAGCAACUGUGACCUGGGGUAGAAAUUAAUUCAUUGUAUUGCAUAUCUGUUGACUCGUUUUAUUGUUUGCUUCUUUACCCUGUUCUGCCAAAGAGGACUCUACUAUGAUAUACGUAUGAAUAUUCCAUUGAGAUACAAUUAAGUUCAUUGUCUUUGCUCUGGAUAGUUCUGUAAACAUAUUUUAAAACGUGCCACAGUUUUGUUUUUAGUUGAAUAUUGUACUGGAUUCCUUGCAGUGAAAUUUUCUUUGAGGAAACAUUUUGCUUUUCUGAAUUUCUGCAAGUUGGUUUAUGAAAGAGAUGCAUUUAAACAUAAAGCAAAGUAUUUAACUUCU